AUGCAUCACUGUGCCUGUCUGCCUACCGCUCUCUCCUGUCCUUUGCCUGAAACCACAGGAAUCACCCAAGUUAGAGAGCUGAAUAACCGACCCGUUACGGCUGCCAGACCGCUCGUCUUAGCCUUUAGCCCAUGUCGACGCCAGCUCGAGCGGCCGAAGGCAGUACUUUCGACAUUCCGCUGAGUGCACUGCUGUUUGAGUGAGCCUCGCUCCGCUUAUCGCGCUCGCCUGUGCCAUCGUGUCAUUCUUGCAAGCGUGCUGAUUGAAGUGCAAAGAAUCGGCAUUGCGGCAGGCGUACGCGUACAUUGUGCCUCGACUACCCAUCGUGCACGCGGCAGCUGAGCGGGUCGCCCGCGCUCCUGCGACGGGCUUCGUUGCCUUCACGGCGACUACGUGUGAGUUACUCCUCUCCUAUAAACUUUGGCCUUUCGUAGGCCUUGUCUGGUUGGCAUGA